AUGCCUAACCGGUCUGGCCUCCAUCACGUGGCUCUACCUCAGGCCAGAAGUUUUGUUUGUUGUUUCAGUAAUUUGCACAACUUCCGCUCCGUAAGAACGUCAGUUAAAAAGCACUCCAUUGCUUGUACUUUCCUUGAAAUAUGGCAACUUCUAGAGCUCACAAAUUCUGGGAAGCACAAUUUUGCUUUCCCUCUCUGCCGGGAUGGAACGCAUUCUAGCAUGAUUUCAAGCAUCACCGUUAUUCCUUUGCAUAACAAUUGGGUCACUUAUUUUGUUCUCUGGCUCAACAUUUCAGAUGAUCUGUCUUUUCACAUCACAUGCAUGUCAAUGCAAAAUUCUCGGGCGUAA